CGGCCGUGUUCAACACCCCGCAGAAUCUCCGUAAUUUUCCCGACCCCUUUCUGCCCCAUCGCACUGCUCUCCCUGUGCGCUCCGCACUCGCAGGCCGCAGCUUUCCCUCUCCGCCUCCGCGAGCUCGCGAAACCCUCGGAGCCCUCGGGGAGCCGCGCCGCGCGAGCACCGAGCAGCCAUGGACUCGGCGUCGCUCCUGGAAGUGUACCGCCGCGAUCGGCGCGCCCUCCUCGGCUUCGUCCUCUCCUCCGCCGGCGGCCGCGCCGUCGACCUCUCCCGCGUAGACCUCGACGCCGUCAGCGCCGACUACGCCCUCGACUGCGUCGCCUCCGGCGCGCAAUUUGACGCCUCAGAGGCCACCAGGAGGUAUUUUGACGAGAGGAGGUACCCGAUCAUGAUGGCCUCUCCAUCAGUGAACUCAUAUUUUCUUCUUUCAAGGCCAGAACUCUCUGGUUCCCCUCCAAACAAAGCAGCACCUGGUAUUACACCUCAAGCUCCUGCUGCAGAGAAUCCAAGUCCAAUUAGACAGCCCCACAAAUUUUCUAGAGCAGCUAUCAACAUUUUGGGAACAGAGAAUGGUACUAAGGAUGCUAGUCUGGCAGAUAUGCCCGAGCAAGUAAAUAAAAUGGAUGUUUUUUCCCUAGGCAUACCUAAAUUAAGAACAGAAUUGUCGGAUGACGAUAUAAGAGAAACAGCUUAUGAGGUCCUUCUCGCCUCGCUAUUUUUCAGUGGAAAAAUACCGUUCUCUGAAGAGAAGAAAGAAAAGAAGUCUAAAUUCUUGAAGGGUCUAAGGUCUAAAACGGAAGGAUCGAGUCCAUCUCCUCAACCGGAAAAUUAUGAUGCCCACCUUCUUGAUUUGAUCCGAGUACAGAUGGAGAUAUCUGGAUCUAUGGAUGCAUUGACAAGGCGAGCUUUAAGACUUAUCAGUUUGAAGAUGUUGCAAGGACACCUUGACGUGCCAUGCAUAUCAUUACAGCUCUUAAGUUCUGUUGGGAAAUCAGAUUUCGCAACAGAAAGACUGCGAGUGCAGUGGCAGAGAAGACAGGCAAAUGUUCUUGAAGAAUUACUUCUCUACCCAGGGUCUCAUGAGUAUGGUAUGAGUGAGACAUUGCGGAUAAUUCUCUCUAAGAUAAAAGAUACAGAGGAUUGGGUAGUUAGUGUUCCUAAUGGGCGCGUCGAGGUCUUAACUAUCAUUGAAAGAUACAACACAAAAUUAUGCGAAGCACCAAAGAAAUUCAACCUUAAAGGCGAGACCUAUCAUUGGAUCCAGAGUUAUCAUCUUAAUUUUAGACUAUACGAGAAAUUACUUUCGAUCGUGUUUGAUGUUCUUGAAGAUGGACAGCUUGUGGAGGAGGCUGAUGAAAUACUGGAAGCAAUAAAGCUGACCUGGCCUAUCUUGGGUAUCACCCAGAAAUUACAUGACACUUUCUAUGCUUGGGUGCUUUUCAAGAAGUUUGCUCAAACUGGGGAAAUUUUUCUACUUAGGCACACAUGCCUUCAAACACAGAAACUUCGAUUAAAUAAUGAUGCUAAAGAAAUAGAAUUGUAUACAAACAGUUUUGUUUGUUCAGUGGAAGCCUGUGGCAGAGACAUGGCUCUAAGUUUGGUUGACAGUGCUAUUCUCAAAAUAAAUGAGUGGUGCCACAGACAAUUGGAGAAUUAUCAUGCAUACUUUAAUAAGGUUAAUAACUCAAUCUUUGAGGGCGUGCUAAACUUGGUAGUAAUUUCAGCAACAGGCCAAACCGAUGAUGAUGAAAAAGCUAUGCUCAUUGGGACCCCAUUCGAUGCUACACCAGAAUUCACAUUGAUUCACAUUCUAGUUGUUAGAUCCAUUCAAGCUGCAUAUAAGAAUGCCUUAAUUUCAUCAGAUUGCGAAUCAAAGGCAGAAUUUAAGCAUCCAUUAAUAAUCCUUGCAAAUAAAUUAAAGCUAGUGGCAGAGAAAGAAUGUAAUGUGUUCAGUCCAACACUUUGUAAACGAUACCCUGAAGCUGGAAGAGUAGCUCUAGUUCUCUUGCACCUACUGUACGGGCAGCAGCUGGAGCUGUUUUUGGAAAGAAUCGAUAGCUCAGAAAAUUUGAAAGAGAUACUGGCAGCAACAAAUAAUUUUGAGCUCUAUGUAGCUGAUAAGCUUUUCUCGAUGAAUGAGGGAGCUGUUGGUUCUUGGCUGUCCAAAUAUUUAAAGCCAUACAUGAUAGUUCAAUUUUCUUCACCUCUCAUUCUUCAAUGGCUGCAUGCUCAACAUGAGAAUGUCUUGGAGUGGACAAAACGUACCAUUGAAAUGGAGGAUUGGGAACCUCUAUCAGCUCACGAAAAACAUUCAACAUCUGUGGUUGAAGUGUUCCGGAUUGUGGAGGAGACCAUCGACCAGUUCUUUAACUCAAGUCUACCUUUGGAUACUGUCCACUUGCGAAGUCUACUUAUUGGAAUUACCAGUAGUCUUCAAGUCUACUUGCAUCACAUGGAAAAUCAACAAGUUCCUAGCGCUACCUUGCUUCCUAGUGCUCCAGUUUUGACCCGUUAUACCGAAUCAAUGAAUCCAUUUGCGAAAAGGAAAGUUAUUGUGCCUACAGUCCCUGAAGAGAAGGUGGCUAAUAAAUUGGACAAUUUAACAGUCCCUAAACUAUGUGUGAAACUCAACACCCUUCAAUACAUCAGGGAUCAGCUUGAUAACAUAGAAGAAGGUAUCAAAGAAUCCUGGAUCUCAGUUCAGUCAGCUGUGGGAUUAUUAGCCUGUUUGUCUUGCAUCGCUAGUGGACAAGCUAUCCCAAAAAACUUAUCAUCUGAAGAAUCGAUUGAUGAGUUGUUUACAAUAUUUGAUGAUGUGCGAAGGGCUGCAGUGAGUACAACGGACACAAUCUUGACCUUCAUUGGAACAAGGGCUGUACUCUGGGAUAUGCGGGAUUCAUUUCUUUUCUCCUUGUAUCGUGGUAGUGUCGAAAGUGCUCGUAUGGAGAUAUUUAUCCCUACUAUUGAUCAUGUUCUUGACCAGGUAUGUGAUCUGAUUGUUGAUGCCCUACGUGACCAAGUUGUGCUGAGAGUAUUUCAAGCAUGCAUGGAAGGGUUUAUUUGGAUCCUACUGGAUGGAGGUCCAUCCCGUUCAUUCUUAGAGACAGAUGUGAACUUGAUGCAACAAGAUCUUGUUAUGAUCAAGGAUCUCUUUAUAGCUGAAGGCCAAGGCUUACCAUUGGAUUUGGUUGAAAAGGAGGCUAGACUAACUCAUCAAAUUUUAGACUUAUUUGUGCUAAAGGCUGAUACAAUCAUUGACAUGCUAAUAAAUGCAAGUGACCAUUUGCCUCACCAUCUUGAAUUUACAACUACUCGAAGAAGACAUGUACAUGAUGCUCAUACUCUUCUUCGAGUUCUAUGCCAUAAGAAGGAUAAAACUGCCUCUACAUUUUUGAAAAUUCAAUACCAUCUUCCAAGGUCUUCAGAUUAUGAUGAUGUUCCUACAAAGGAUGUGCCAUCUAAAGUACCUAUGUUUUCUGACAUGCUGAAAAGAACUACUUCCUUCAAUUGGUCAGAAACAGGGCAGCAGAGUUUCAGGGUUAUGAAGAAGAAAUUGCAAGAAGCAACCUGGCAGUAAAGUGCGCCUUGGUGAUAAUCGGCUUGGUUUGCCAUAACUUUUCUAUAUACACACAACAGGCUGGUUCUUCUCAGAAGGUUGGUGUUGAGAGCAAACAUUCCUCCUGAUGCCUCUUUAAGGGCUCACAGCCUUCAGAAAUCGUCUGGCCCUGAUAGAAAAGAAGUAAACUAAUACGUUAACUCAGCGGCAAAAGAGAGGAGUGCACAAGGAAGUUCUAAUUGCGUUCUAAUUGCCCAUUUGAAGUAUUGGCAGUGGCACUUGGCAAAACUGGACUAUCCACCACGUUUGAAGAGCUCAAGAUACUCCCUGUCAAGGAAACGAAGCACCAAAAUGCUUUCUGGUGUCACCGAUGCAAGUACAAGAGCGGUGUCGUGCUUCAAGGCAACAACACUGCCAGAUCGUCCGAGAGAAUCUGCAGGUGAACUCUCUGGUCUAGAGCGGCAGCAGGAUCUGGGCAUUUGAUUGUUUCCUCAACUGCGGCGCAUUACGAGAAGCUACAGCAAGAAUCGUUCGCGGGAAAGAUGCUAGGAACCAGUAACCUGCUAUUGGAGUUUUUUGACGGAUUGUAUCUGACAUUAUGAAUGCUCAAGCUGCAUCCUCAGAAAUUAGAUGCGUGUUUUCUGCACCCCAGGUCCCCAGCAACUUCAUCAGCUCGGAAUUGCAACCACAGGAUAUUGUAGCCACCUCUCGGGACGCUUUAGUGGGGCCUGAAUCAGUGGUACUUCCUCAUCCCAAAAUAACUUAAUUUUUCACCCUAAUAUUAUCAAUGCAAAAAAAAUUAAAUACUAUAUUACCUCCUCCCUUAGCAAAUACCAAUACAAUUGGCAUCCAUCUUGUUUCAAUACAUGUUGCUCUUAUUUUUACAAAUUCUAGUGCUACAAUUACUCUAACCCUCGGACAAUAUCCUCCAUCUG